AUGGCUGCAUCAAAGAACAUUAGUCAUGAUGAUGCUGGUAUUCCUACUAAAUCAACGCCUAGUUCUGUGUUUAACCCUGACGCGCCAGAGUUCAACCCAUCACAAAUCAAAAGCUCAGGUAAACUAAAUGCAGAUGCCCCUGAGUUCGUUCCAGGGCAAUUACCCACUUUGUUCGACGCAAAUCUGAGUAUGUUGCGUGUCCCUGAAAUUGUAAAUGCUGGAUCAUACAAAAAUGGCCAUGUCCCAAAUUAUGGAAGAAAUAUAUCGCAAAGACAUCAGGAACAACAAUAUCUACACCCUCAGAUGUGGAUGCAUGGACAGCAGUACGGACAAAUGCCUAUGCAAAUGGGUGUUCCGUAUCAGCAACAUAUGUAUUCUGGGAAUGCCUCGUAUGAUUAUAUGUCAUAUAACUAUUCUAGGCCCCAGGGAUAUCACAUCCAAAGGAAUGUUUAUAGCAAACCACAUGCUGAAUAUACGAUUAAUAAUCCACCUCAAGUGCAAAUUCCAUAUAAUGCAGUUGUUACUGGAAAUGUGCCAAAAAGUGGUGGUAAGCAUCUUCAGAGCAAACCCGAGGAAACUCAACCUAAGCCAAUGCCAGAGGUUGAAGCUGCAGCACAACAAACAAAGAAACCGGUUGAAACCCCUGCUAUUACUACCACACCAGAACAUGUUGAUACCACUACACCUGUUGAAACUGCUCCUUCCAAACCAUUAACAUGGGCAGAGAGAACCAAAUUAUCAACAACCAGACAGUUGGUUCCAAAGAAACCAGCUGCUCCUCAGAUACCUACUGAGCAAGUUUCUUAUGCCAAGGUUAUUAAAAGAGCAGCUGAAGUGACCAACGAACCUGCAAAGCAAGCACACCAAGAGAAUGUAAAAGUAUCUUCUGAAUCAAAACCAGCUGAUGCAGAAACAAAAAUUGCAGAAGUGUUAUCAAAAACUCCACAAGUUGAACUGGACAAAAUAACAAAAUCGGAUUCAAAUUUACAUACUGAAAAUGCAAAAACAGCAUCUGAAUCUGUAAGUGAAAGUGUUGCAGAAAAACUUGACGACUUAAAAAUUUCAGUUUCUGAUACAACGGCUGAGACGGAUGAUACAGAUCCAUAUGUUUAUAAUAUCACAAAGAUGCUUUCAAUAUACACUUACCUCAAUGAUGGUGGAUUGGAGAAGCUUAGGGAAUCCAAGGAUUAUCCUAUUUUGCUCUUUUCUCAUUCAAAUAUAAGGGAUUCGUCUUCUAAGACAUCAGGAAACCGUAAUUUUAAUGAUUAUUCUGCAAACAACUCAAAAAAAGGCGAUAACUGGCGUCACUCUAAGCCUUUUAAUGAUCAAUCAAAGGGAUUUGGAAAUAAUUUUAGAUUUUCACACAGAGAGUUUUCAAGAGAACAUAGUGAUCAACAGCUUCCAGCUGCAUCAGAGUCAUCAUGGAUUAUAAAGCAAGCCAAACAAAAGCUGGACAAAGAAUGCCAACUCAAACGUAAAAUCAUGGGUUUGCUAAAUAGGCUUACUUUUGAAAAGUUUGACAUCAUAUAUGAUCAAAUUAUUGCCUGUGGAAUCGAUACUCCAGAACACGCAUUGAUGUUAGUGAAGUUUGUUUUUGGAAAGGCAGUUACGCAGCACCAUUUCAUUCCAAUGUAUGUAGAACUCUGUACAAAGUUAGCUGUUGAUUUGUACGAUAUUGAUUAUAAGGAUCCUGACGCUGAGGGCCAUUCCGAGGCUCCGGCUCGUUCUACUGAGCCAAAAACAGAUUCUAAACCCAUGGAUAAUAAAACUAGUAGGAAUAGUGACUUUAUGCGCAUAUUGCUAAAUUGCAGUCAAGAAUCAUUUGAAAAUAAUCUUAAGCCUCUAACAAUUCCAGAGGAUCUAGAAGGAGAUGACAUAUUCGAAUUUGAGCAAAAAUAUAAGCACAAGAUGCGUGGAAAUAUGAUUUUUGUGGGUGAGCUAUUUAAGCAGAAGCUUCUAGCUGCUAAACUCCUUAUCACCUGUUUGGACCAGGUGUUCUCCAAACGUGAAGAGUGUAUAGCCUUGUACAAUGAUAUUAACAUGGGUAAUAACCACUUAGAGGCUAUGUGUACUCUAUUACAGACUGUAGGACGGUCUUUUGAUACUACUAGAUGGAAGCAUCUACCAGAAUUUGAGAAGCGUAUUCAAUUACUAGCAGAACUCGGGAAGAAUGAAGAUAUAUGUUUUAGGAUACGCUGUCUAAUUAAAAAUGUACUGGAUUGUAGGCAAGAAAGGUGGGAUAAGCAACCUGUACAUAAACUUGAAGGCCCGUGUAAACUUCAGGAGCUGCGUUCCAAAGUUAACAUGGAAACCUCAAAAGUUCAAGAGGACCUCUGGAGGAAAAACAGGAAGCAAAAGAACUUUGGUGAACAGAAAAGUGCCAAUUUCCCACCGGUAGAAUCGAAUGUUCAAAGGGCUGUUGAAAGUAUUAGUCACGAUGCUCUUAAGAAGCACGUCAAAUCCAUAUUAACCGAGUUGAUACUAUCGCACGAUACUUCUGAAUCAUUCCUAAGAGUUACUGAGUUAAAUUUACCGGGCUCACGUGAUGAGGAGCUUUUCAAUCUUAUGAUCAUGGACACAAUCGAACUUUGUGCAAAGGUCACUGCCACGAAAGAACGUGCAUUACUCACAAAAUGGCUUUACUUGCUUGCUGAAACCAGAUCAUCGCAACACUGUCUCAUAUCUUGCUUGAAGGAAUUUGUAUUAAAUGAAGAAUCAGAGAAUUCUUACGCGAUGUUGAUGGAAGAUUACCCCGUAUUACCUCAGUUGAUUACAGAGUUGCUUGAUCAUAUGGAAGAAGGAUGCUCCGGAAAUGCGGAUUUUGAGGAAAUUCAGAAGUAUAUAAAGGCAUGA